CCAGGACUCGGAUUGCUAACUGGUGUGCUUCCUGCUUGGUGGUGAUUAUGGAUCAAUCUGACUCGGUGCCACUGGUUAAGUAUGAGUGCAACUUGGGAAAGCGAGACAGACGUAGUGAAGGAAAGAACUCGGGAAAGCAAUGCAGACGUUGUGAAGGAAAGAACUCAGGAAAGAAUGAGGAAGAAAAAGGUGCGUACAACUUGGUAGACAGAAUUAGUGAGAUGACAGAUGAAAUUCUUGUCAGUAUAUUGUCUCUCUUGUCGCUAAAGGAAGCAGCUGCUACUAGUAUCCUUUCUAGACGUUGGCAGUAUGUGUGGAUGUCCACUAUGGUUCUCAACUUUAAUGCUAACUUUGAUAUUCAUAGAAAUCCCUGCCACUUCAAAGCCCUCAAAAGAAAAUUAAGAUCUCUGGAAAGUGGUAGAUACGUCAAUUGGGUGAAUCGUGUGGUGGAACAACAUAGAGGCCCAAACAUUGAAGAAUUCAGGGCUUGCUUUCAACUAAAUGAUCAGUUUGCAAGUUCCAUUGACAAAUGGAUUCAGUUUGCAAUGGAAAAGGGAGUUAAAACACUUGUGUUGAAGUUUUAUACACAAUGUGGCGUUGCCUCAAAAAAUUUCUAUGUGUUUCCCCACAAACUAUUAGGUCUCGAGAAGAAGCACGUGUAUUCUUGCAUUCCAAGUCUGCGCCAUUGUGGAUGCAAAGUUGGAUUUCAGUUCCUUAAAGUUCUUCAUUUCCAAUGUGUUGACGUGACUGAUAAAGUUUUUGAAUACUUCUUGUCCAACUGUCCAGUUCUUGAACGAUUAACCGUGCGUGAAACAAAAAGUUUGGUUAACUUAAGAGUUGUCUGUCCAUCGGUUGCAUUGAAGCAUUUAGUGAUAGGAACUUGUCUUGGCCUGCAAAGCAUUGAGAUUUGUGAUGCAAACCUUGUUUCAUUUGCUUGUAAGAAUAGUGAGAAAGUACUUCUCAGUAAUGUACCGAUGCUUGUGGAGGUGUCCAUGUCCAAUCUUUCCAAUCCCCGUGCAUUCAUAGAGCUUUUAUCUCGCCAACUUUCAUGCUGUCUUUCUCAACUGGAGAUUCUCAUACUGAAUAUCACUGGAGCGGAUCACAAUCCGAAACAUGCGUUUCCUAUACUGGCAAAUCUCAAGCAUUUGGAAUUAAUAGUUCUUGCAGAUUACCGUCUGGCUCUUUUUCAUUUAACUUCUUUUCUGAAAGCAUCUCCUUUCUUGCAAAGACUUGUGUUGAAGUUGGAUUUCAUUUUAUUGUGGGACUUGGGAGAAAUAAAUAAAGCUGUGAAAUGCCCCCAUCAUUCCCUCAAGGUAGUAGAAAUAGUCGGGUAUCGCGCUCGUGCAUCUGCUGUCGAGCAUAUCAUGUUCUUAAUAAAGAGUGCUGUUGCGUUAGAGAAAAUUGUUAUUGAUCCUCUCCGACGUUGGGUGGUGGGUAGUGAAGAAUUCGCUGAGGAAGCGAAAGCAAGAGAGCACGCUGUGCAACUCGUUAAAAAAAAAUUGCCUUCAACUGUUGAAUUUGUAUGCCUGUAG